AUGUCCUGGUCCUUCACACUGACCCAAGAAGCCCAGUGGAUCCCCAAGUUCGCAGUCGUGGGGUAUCUGGAUGGCCUGCCCAUGGAGUACUACGACAGCACCCACGAGAGGGUCGUGUCUCGACGGCACUGGCGCCCGGACCCGGCCCCCGCGGAGAACGAGGAGGAAAAGAAAGGGGCAGCCGAACACACUUACAUAUCCAUGUUUGAAAAACUGCAGCUCGCGAAGAAGCACUUUAACCACAGCGGAGGUCUGCACACUUACCAGAGACAGGCUGGCUGUGAGCUCAGCGACGAUGGCACACAGCUGUUUCACGCCCGGGAUGCCUAUGAUGGUCAAGAUCUCCUCCAAUACAAUAUGGACCACCUCCGCUGGGAUCCUCUGGUGCCCGAACUAAAGAACGACGAGGCUCUGAUGCACUCUGAUGACAUAGAGCAAAAUAACACCUACCAGCCACUGUGCAUCCAGGUCCUGAAGAGCUACCUGGAGCAGGAGAAGGACAGACCUGUGAUGAGAGUCAAGCCCAGGGUCCAGGUCUUCCAGAAGACAUCUGCCCUCUCUGGGGGGACGGAGGUGACCUGCCUGGCCACCGGCUUCUACCCCCGGGCCCUGGAGCUGACCCUGCUGAGAGACAGGCGUCCCGUCCCGGAGCAGGAGCUGACAGGGGGGGAGGUGCUGCCCAACGGAGACGGGACCUACCAGCUGAGGAAGAGCCUGGCGCUCAGCAAGGAAGAGGAGGAGCGCCGAGAGAGACAUCGCUACACCUGCAGGGUCCAGCACAGCGGUCUGGACAACAUGCUGGAGGUGGCCCGAGAACCGGAACCCGACCUGGACACUGGGCUCAUCGCUGGGGUGGUGAUCGGGGUCCUGAUUGUGGCUCUGGUGCUGCCCGUCGCCGCCUGUGUCCUCUGGAGGAAGAAAGGACGAGGAGCCUGUAGGAGGUCUGAUGUCAAGUACACUGAGGCCCAGGGACGAGACCAGAGUGGCCCGUCAUCAAACAGCUCUGGUCCCUAGAGAGGCCGUACGGACCGAGAGAGGAGCUCUGCAGAGUGUGGACAGAGAUCUCGCAGGACCUGAAUCACUUAGAACAGAAUUCAUCGCUGUGGGGCUGGGUUUCUUUGGUCAUUUGUAUCAGCUACAUUGCAUAGAUUUGAUCAUCAAAAAAAAAAUGAAAUCACAUCUUAAUAAAGUGAAUAACUAAUAACGAAUUUUUUUUGUGCCGCAAUACUGGAAGUGAGGAUAACAUCUGCACCUCCAAGGUUGUAAAUAAUAAUAAAAAUCUAA